AUGGUUUUAGUAUGCAUAUCUAUUGACAGUGAAUUUGUUGGACGACUGCAGGGAGGCUUUAUGCCUUCAUUUGCAAGUAACAAGGCUGGACUGGUAGAGGAUGCGAAUCGGCUUGUAUGGAAAAGAUUCGGUGAAAAUAUCGAUUUUUUGGACGAGCGACUACUGGUCAUCAAUUAUACUAUCGUGCCGGCACCAUCAUCGUAUUCUUACAAGCAUUUCGUAGUCGUUGUGCCAUCAAGAACUAAUGAUUCAACAAGAAGAACACGACUGCGAAACACUUACGGUCGUUUCGGAAAUGAGUUCAAUUUUCGGAUUUUAUUCGUUCUGGGCAUGUCGGGAACAGAGAGUGGUGAACAGUCGAUUGAACAAGAAGCGAAGGAUCAUGGAGACAUUCUGCAGGCGAAGUUCGUGGACAGCUACAGGAACCUCACAAUUAAGAACAUUGCCGCAAUGAGGUACGUGGCUGGUGUUUGUACCGAAGUGAAAGCUGUACUCAAAGUGGACGACGACGUUGCCUGGAAUGUUCUUGAAACAACGCUAUUGGUCAAUCAUGCAGCAGCAAAUAACAGCAUUCAUUGCCCUCAGAUUCAGAAACCACCUGUGAGAGAUCCGAACAGUACAUGGUACGUCUCUGAGGAAGAGUUCGCCGGGGAAAUGUAUCCACCGUAUUGCUGUGGGUUCGCCUACCUUAUACCGCUACCAGCACUACAAACCAUUCUGAAUGCUACGAGAACUGAACGGCUAAUUCACAUGGAAGAUGUGUUCAUCACUGGACAGCUAGCUCAGAAAUCCGGCGUUAAACAUAUGGAUAUCAUGGAUCGUGCCUCAUUCUAUCGAGAGGAUCAUCGUUGGUUCUCCGAGGCCAUAUUUACACUGGUCCCUGAUUCACAUGCCGUAGACUUUUUCGUAUUGUCAAAUGCAAAAUGGUUUUUGCAACGGUUUUUACCAGGAACCAUUAAUUCAUGA